AGGGGGAGUCAUACAGUCAAGGGAGCGCAGGUUCGUGUCCUGGGUGUGCAAAGUUGCCGGUCUUCGCUGGCGAUUCUGGAGGAUGUGGCGCUUUGGCUCUGGUACUCCUAAAGGUUAGGGAGGCAAAACCAGAAGGGACUGUUUCUCCUCAUCACACUACAGCGCACCCUACCGGCCAGGCGCCUAGUGAGCUCAGAGCGGACACCUGCAGGGCUGGCCCUUGCUCUCUCGAGAAUCACAGAGACAUGGCAGGCAAAAACUUCGACUGCGAGUUCCUGGCUGCCCACAACACCUACAGGCAGCUGCACGGAGCCGAGCCUCUGAGACUCAACCGGGCACUGUGCAAGUCUGCUCAGAGCUGGGCAGAACACAUGUUGGCAAUUAAGACUAUGAAGCACAGCUCCACCAGCAACGGGGAGAACCUGUACUACGCAUGGAGCUCCGCCUCCAACAACAUUGCUGGGAGUAAGGCUGUGGACUCCUGGUACAGUGAGAUUAAAGACUACAGCUUCAGCAACCCUGGCUUUGGAAGCAACACAGGUCACUUCACCCAAGUGGUGUGGAAGAGCUCAACAGAACUGGGAGUGGGGAAGGCCACUGAUGGGAAUACAGUGUACGUGGUGGGGCACUACAGCCCUGCAGGGAACAUAACCAACCCGGGGUACUUCCAGAGCAAUGUCCUGCCUCCUGGGGCUUCCGGUAACCUAGGGAGGAAGACUGUGGACUCUUCGAGCAGUAAGCGUGGUGAAGACCCCAGAUUUAGCUGCCCUCCACAGAGAGGCGCUACAGCAGGUGAUGUCACGGAGGGCUUGUGGAAGUGUCUGAAGGAGCUGUCUGUGGGGAAGCCCUCUGCUGGGGGUGUGAUCUACACUGUGGGGCAGGAGAGCCCAGCCAAGAACCCGACCAGCUGUGGAUACCCCCUGAACCCCACCCUGCAGUGGCCUGGAGCCUCAGGAAGAGCCUGCUCACCCUCAGGCGGAGCUGGGUUCGAGGCAGAGGCCCUGGAAGCUCACAACAUGUACCGGCAGCAGCACGGAGCCCCCCCACUGCGUCUCAGCGCUCAACUCUCUCGAGAGGCACAGAAAUGGGCCAGUCAGCUGCUGUCCAUGCGCGCCCUGCAACACAGCGACACCGACCACGGGGAGAACAUCUGGUGCCGGACCAGCUCUGUGAUAAUGCCGGUCUCGGGAAAGGAGGUGGUGGAGGCAUGGUACAAAGAGAUCAAGGACUACGAUUUCAACAGACCAGGGUUCCAGAAGAACACAGGUCACUUCUCUCAGGUGGUAUGGAGAGACUCCCGGGAGCUGGGCAUUGCCUUGGCGACAGACUCCGGGCUGGCGAUUGCGGUGGCGCGAUACGAACCCGGUGGUAACAUCACCAACCCCGGGUACUUUCAGAAGAACGUGCUGCCCAAGGGGGCACUGCCACCAGGGAGGGAUCCAGACCUCCAGUGCAAGAUUCAGACACAGACUGUGAGAGUGAUGGUGAACAAGCCAGAGACUGUAAGAGUGAUGGUGAACAAGCCAGAGACUGUGAGAGUGACAGGAGCCUGCAGCUCUUCCAGUGUCCAAGACAGGGAGUCAGAGCAGUUCUCACGCGACCUGCUCAAGAAGCUGAAUGACAAGAGGCAGCAGCAUGGGGCAGGGCCUCUCAGGAUCAGCCCCGCCCUCUCGAAUGAGGCAAAGGAAUGGGCAGAACAUCUGAUCCGGAAGAGAGUCAUUCAGAACCGCCCUGGAGACCAUGGACAGAGCCUGUGGUACCAGACCGGCACCAGCACUGAAAAUCCUUCAGGAUGUGAAGUGGCAGAGUCCUGGUAUUCAGAAUACAGUAAAUAUGAUUUCAGCUCCCCUGGAUUUCAGAGAGGAGCCGGGAACUUCUCUCAGAUGGUGUGGAGGUGCUCGUCAGAGGUGGGAAUCGGAUUGGCGACGGACCGCCGCGGAAUGUUCAUUGCCGUCGCGCUCUAUGAUCCCCCCGGAAACAUUGACAACCGGAGCUACUUCAGAGACAACGUCCUGCCCAGGGGCUCUCGAAAGAGCUAGCUUCACAGGUCUUUUGUAGAGUCCUUCACUGUGGAGUUCCUUAAAGCAGUCUUUAAAACAGUCCAUAAAGCAGUCUUUAAAACAGCCCAUAAGGCUUUGUAAACAGAGCCCACUGUGUGGAAUGUUUUUUAAUGGAUAAGCAGUCGUGUUUUUUAGAUGGACAGUUGUAUGUGUUCUGGAUUGCUGUGUAUGCAGUUUUUACAUUUUGUUCGUCUUGUAAUUUAGCUAACAUGGAUUGAUUAAAUUUGUUGUCUGUGUCUUUCAGUGCACAGCUCUGACUGUUUAAUACAUUGUUUUAUAUAAUUCUUAUUGAGUUUAAAUAAUAUGUGAAUGUUUUUUAUACCAUAGCUGAUGUUUUAAAUUCGGUUUUAUUAUAAUAUGUGACUGUAUUGUGUGGAAUUUGUGAGUAACUUGUGGUAAGCAUUACCCUUGCCUGUAUAAAUGAAUAAAUACAAAAAGAGACA